AUGACGAUAUUCAGAUGGGAGAAUUUCUCUGGAAGAAGUGCUUACAGCUUGCACAGUGCACAUCACUUUGGACUAGUCAUUGAAGACCUUCCACACCCAGAUAAACGACUCCGCGGAGAAGGCGCCCGGGAGCGCUUCAUUUGCGCCGCCUUAGGGGCGCCGAUGGGCAGCCCGCACUCGAUUGAGGAGUUGCUGGAGCUGCAGAAAGGCAUCCAUGCAGAAAGUGCUCUCGUCUCCUUGGCGGGCUUCUUCCUCUCCUCCAGCCGCGUGGUCAUCCUACAAGGCCACGUGCUCUUCAUCUGCUUCCGAGGUCGUCGUUUGCCGGAAGGCUUUGUCGACCCGUCUUAUGUGGAGGAUGCGCUUUUGCUUUGGGAUUCGGAGGCGCGCCGCGAUGGAAGACGCUGCACUCUGAGGGUGUCAGGCCGCACUUUUCGCUUGACCUUUGCUGAUGAGCAGGUGGCCAGCCGUUGGGUGGAGAUGCUGAGGAAAGCCUCUGGCAGCCACUCUUUUCAAGAGAAGGCCAUGUCCCAGAUCGUCUCGCUGUUGCAAUUGGCCCGAGAAGCAAUCAUGGACCAGGCAGAGGGCGGACACAGCUACGCUUCGCCUGGGCUCUCCUCUCCACCGGAGGCCACUGCGCCCUGGGUCUACACUGCACGGAAGCGACCUGAGGUGCCAAAAGUUCCUGUCUCCUUUGUGAACUGGCCCAACGAUCGCGCGCCUCGAUCAGCGGAAAGCGCCGAUCUGCAGGCGGAGCCCGUCGCUGUGCCGCCCUCGGAGCCCGUCGCGGCACCGCAGUUGCGGCCACGAAGCGCACCCCGGCUGCGGUCAGGUGUAUAUAGUGCCGGGAAACUUGCAGUCCUCACAGCGCCCCGCUCGAGCCAGGCUCGGACCCAGAGGCAGCUGGCCUUGCAAAAGCUCUACAAUCAGGCCAAUCAACUGGCCUCCGAACGGAUUCCAGGCCUUGAGACGCCGCGGUGA